UUCGGGUGUCACUAACUCCCAGAUGGGACCGUGUCGUUGCAGAAAAAAACAAGCUCAGGACUCCCAUUAGUCGUUAUCGUCAGUUAAAAUUUUCACGAGAGUAAAAUGUUCGUUUUUGCGUCGCAUCUGUGUCUUAUUUUGAAGGGAUACGUAAACGUUACCAUAGCGACCAGAGUCAUAGACCGUUAGGGCAGUGGUCGAGAGGAGACGAGAGGAGUGGAGCUGGUGCGUUUUAGGUCUGGUUCACACGGCACGAUUUAAGGAUUGCCGGCCGGUUUUCCAAACCUUUGUGACCUCGGAGACGAUGAAAGUCCAACAGGUGGGAAAACGAAUCUGACAACAUUCAACAGUCUGCUGCAUGACUCUCGCUCCCAAGCUGAGCAGCAGCUCCCCGUCUGAUUGGCUGAGAAGAGCUCCAGCUCCGAGUGGAGGCAAAGGAUGCCAGAGUGCUCGGGCAGUGCAUGGAGAGGGAUGCAUGCAGGGGACGUCGGCCACACGAACAGCGCACUGUAAUGUGCUUUUUGCAGCGCGUUUCUAAGCAGCUUUGCAACUUUGAAGCAGACGUCUGAUGCGCGUCCAGUCCCGUACGGAGCAGCUUAGGUGUGAUGUUUUGGCUGCGCGUUGCACAAGCCCCGCUCCAGCUCAGUUCCACUGCCUCCGACACAUCCUCCCUGGAGUGAUGGGCUCCAAGUUAACCCGACAAAGAAGUCUGGAUUUUGAGAGCAAAUUGACCAAAAGGAGACACCAGCGGAAUGAUCUGCCUAAAGAGGAGGAGAGAAGUGGCGGCAGGAGCGGCGGAGACUUCUUGUUUACAUCCCUGAUGCUCAAGUCCGACAAGCUGCCGGGGAUGCUGCGGAAAAGCAACCAGAGCCCGUAUGUCAGACGGGUGGCCUGGGUCCGGGAGAUCCAGAGGAUGCUCCGGGAGCACAAGACAGAGCAAGCAGGAGAAGUGCUCAAACUACUGAGGAAGGACUUAGGACUGCAGGGCUCAUCACUGAACGACAUUUUGUACAAGAACGCAGCUUUUCUCAACCUGGUGGACCCCAUUUCUCACGAGCUGCUGCUCAGUCUCGCCCGGGACCUGCAAUGCCCAAAACGGGAAACUGAGUCACUCAAAUCCACCAACAAGAUCUGCCGCCAGCUGAUUUACCACUUGACCCCUCACUCCAAGUGGACUAAACAGAGCGUGCCCAGAAGGAAGUCCCAGGCAUGUCUGAAGACCACCCUGAAGAAGCGUCUGUCCGGUGACGUGGUGAACCUGUCAGGAAUCCCGCUGUCCGGACGCGACGUCCACCGCGUGUCCUUCUACCUGCAGAGCUGCAGCGACGCCGUGUCGGCUGUGGACCUGAGCUUCACCGAGCUGCAGGACGAGAGCUUACGUCUGCUGCUGCCCGUCCUCAGCUGCCUCCCCAAACUGACCACGCUCGCCGUCAACGGCAACCGCCUCACCGCCGCCAUUCUGAAAGACCUGACGGAGACGGUGAAGGAUCCCAGAAAGUUCCCCAGGCUGGCCUGGAUCGACAUGGGCAACAACGUGGACAUCUUCACCGUCCCGCAGCCGCUGCUCGUGGCCCUGCGGCGCCGCUUUGGUUUGCGCAGCAGCCUGCCCACCAUCUACGAGUACAGCGAGGCUCAGGUGUUUGGUAGCUACAACCCAAACAUGGAGACGUCUGUGGAGGAACCCAGUCUGUAUGAGGAGGGGGAUGUAGAGGAAGACGAUAGAGUGGAGGAGGAAGAGGAGGAGGACAGACUGGAGCUUCGAGCCUGGGGCUUCAGAGAGGACAACAUGUCAAAGAAUGUGCCGCUCCACUUCUGUGGGAGGUGAUCGCCCAGGGCGGCUUUCUUUCAGACUGGCAGCCUCUUGUAUCCUCAAGUCUCAUCUGCUCUGCUAGAGUGGCAGGAGAUGCUGACGUUGACCCACACGUUUCUGAAAAUAACUUUAAAAUGAGUAACCAUGUUGUGUGUCUCUGUGGACGCUGUGAACACUGCAGACAGCUCUGGGCUUUUACAGUCAGUAGGAAUAAAUUUGUACACUGAUUCAAUCUUUAUUUAUCCAGGGAGGUUUAACUGAACAGGCUUGUUGUUUUCCAGUGCAACAUGAUUGUAAAACUGGGAGAUUUCCUGUAAAGACUCUCCCAGUUUUCCAAAACUGUCCGCUGGAGCCGCGUGGGAAUUAAGUGCCUUAAACAUGGAGGAGCUGCUGAAGAAGACAGGAUCGUUACAUGGCUUUUUACUUUAUGUAGGGCUAAAGUUGCUGGAAUCAAGGUUAAGUAUAAACCUGGCGCUGUAAAUAUAUUACAACAACUUUCCAAUUAAAAGCCCCUUUGUUUAUUUAUUUUCCGUCUCAGCAAAUGCAGAAAGAGGACAAAGGUCGCUUGGAGAUGUACAGUAAUUUUAAUACCUCAAAACAAAGCAUUUUCAUCUGCAGAUAACAAAACUCUAAAUAGAAUAAAAUAGAAAAUGUAGACUUUUGAAAUGAAAUUGGGGAAGACAAUAUAAGAAUUAAGAGAAAGACAGGCUGAAGAUAUAAAGUACAUAUAAACAUGGAUUUUCUGCAAAAAUACAUAUUUAAAAAUGACCAACAGAAUCCAUAAGACCAUUAAAAACAGACGUAAAUGAAAUGCAUAUAAAAAAAAAACAAGAACAUGUAAAAAUGCUUCCAUAUUUAACUAGCCAAUGACAUAUUUUGUUUAAAAAAAUCUUGCUAUCCCAUAUUUACUUGCCAGCUUUAUUGCAAGUCUGCUACAUUUGCCAAACUUGGAGCUAAUUUGAGAAUUCGAUCCUGAUAAACACACAAUAAACACCAUAACAACAAACAUUAAGGCAGCUAAAAUCUAUUCAGUGAGUUUCCAAAAAUUGUGUCUCCGUUGUUAAAAAUCACCCAAAAAUGAAUGUUUAACUUCUCGUAAUGUCAUGAAACUUUCUGCUGAGCUCCGGAGCUUCCUGCAGAUUCUUCUGAUGCCUCAGACAUUUUUCAGCUUGACUUCAGUCCAGAUAGUAACAAAUUAACACAAAGCAAAUCUUUUGAAACAAGAUCACACAGUGAUGGCGUUUGGCAGAGACUUUUUGCUAUUAAAUGGAGCGAACUGUGACAGAGACUUCUCUCCCGGCACAGAGCAGAGGAAGGAUACCAGAACAUUGUUGUAUUGUUCUGAGGUGGCGAGAAGCGCAGCAAAACCUUUUCGUUUUGCAUCAUGUCUGAGAAAGCUGUGAUCUCUGUUAAUCAGAUCAGGAGAGGCUCGCAAAAGAAACAACAGCGUCAACAAUUAUUCUAUUUUAACGGUUGCAGGGCCAGUUUUAUAAAAGUUUAAUGGCCACAAGUCCUAAAACUGCAUUUGGCAAAAUAUGCAGGCAGAGAGUCGCUUCAUUAAUAUUAAACCCAAAGUAAAACAUGAUUUCUCACCCACGGGGUGAUGGACUCGUCAGAAUAACAAUUGGUGCAGAGCUGCAGUGAACAGAGACAAGGCUUCAGGGGGAAGAAACACGAACGUCCUCAAGUCAUCCGGAUGGAUCUAGAAGACGUAGAUUAUUUCUGAAGAUGACGCUGAACGCCAUCAUCAUCAAAUGUGAAGAGGAAAUGAAAACUUGGCACAGAGACAAAGGUGUCAGAUGCAAAGUAGCUGUGUUUUAACUUUAUUUUCAGUAAAUGAACAUAAUUGGGCGCAGACUAGUGAGCAGUAUUGACGUUUCAAUAAGUUUCAUUGAAUGUGCAUUCUUUAGCGUCCAUUGUGCUGCCCCCUGUCAUAAUGCAUUUAACAGUAUUUUUGCUUUGGCUCGUGUGAUUUUCACCAUGACUCAUUAAGAGGAAGACACAUUUGUUUCCAUUUUUUUUCCCCGAAAAUGGGAUUCAUUUGUCGUGCUUCUAUGAGCGAUACAUCUGUAGCUGCUGCUAAGUGUCUUUACAGAGAAAAGCCAUGUCCUGAUGCACACACUCAGGCCGCUGAUGAACUGAUUACUGCCUCUAUCAGGCCUCGUUAUCCCCCUUCUGUCACAGAUGGUGUGUAGAGCUUCGGGUUUUUUCUUUUUCUCUUAGAAAAUAGGACUGGCCCCAGAUAAUUUUGGCCAGUGAUGAUUUCUGAAGGACUCUAUUUAUGAAUUUGACUCCCCGUUUUCAGGAUUUAGUCACCACAACAAGAAGCUCUGCUGCUGCUCUUUCUGCUGUUGUACAGGAAGCUCUUUGUUGUAGCAUGAAAACAAGCUUUCUUUUUUUUAUUGAUGUUACUGUUUUGGGUUGUUUUUAAGCAACUAGGUGUGACUUGGGGGAGAGAAUUUCUUCAAGUGAACUAGUUUUUUAGUCAAUUUGAGCUUUUGGGGGGUAAAAUUAAAGACAAAAAUUGAAGCCUGUGAAUGUGGCUCCUCACUCGCCUGCUCCGUGUCCUGCCUGCAAACAGCAUGGUGGGGUUUGUUUUAUUUCCUGCUUAUUAUUUUGUGAAAAUCUGCUUCCUUGUCUUCUGAGAACAGAACGGCAGAUUUGUGUUCCUGCGUAAGUUUCUGCGAGAAGGUAAUUAGAGCGUGCGUCUGUUUAUGUUGUGGACACACAGAGUAAAUUGCUACCUUUGAUCAUAGAAAUGAAAUGUUUGCUCAUUUGCACUUUUAAGAACGACUCGGUCCCCGUAUGCGUAAUUUGGUUCUUUUUUUGUUUGUUUCGUUCACUGGCACAAAAACAAGUUGUGUCCUAAGAAAACAGAUUUUUGUUUUUCUCAACUUCUUUGGUUUGUGAGUUAAAUCUUCAGCCUUUUUAUUAACGUUGGUGUUGUGAUAAAAUCAUUCGUGCGUUUGCUCGGUCUUGGUUUUUGCUGUUCUGGUUCGUUUCUAAGGUGGAAACAGUGUUUGCCUGCAGCUGCUUAAAAUAAAAAGUGAUUUCAAUAAGAUAA